CACUCUCUCUCUCUCUCUCUGUCUGGAAUAAUAAAGACAAAGUAAAAGGCGACCGAGGAGGUGCAGAAAUAUUCUAUAAGCUUCAGAAAAGCUUCCCACCGGCGACACAUAAACAUUUAUUUUUGGACUGCUUUCGGACCAGCAGUAUCCGGAGGCGAUAGACUUUUAAACUGUGGAAGUUGAAGAUACUGGUGCACACAGCGGAAAAAACACACACACACACACACACACACAGCUGAGCUACAACUGCUAGCUCCACAACACACGCUAAGCUAAGCAGGUAGCCGACAUAAGCUAACUGGAACUGAGCUGUGUGUGAACUUGCUGUUUUUUUUCUUUUUUUCUUCUCUCAAAUCACGGGGCCUUGGAAAAAAAAAACCCAGCCACAAGCUCCGGCUGUUGUGAGAAGACCUGCUUCAUGAAUAAUGUCUGCCACAAGCAUUGACCCUCAGAGAUCAAAGGGACAAGCAUCUAAAGUGCAAAAUGGUUCACUGCAUCAGAAGGAGACGGUCCAUGACAAUGACUUUGAGCCUUACCUCACCAGUCAAUCGACUCAGAACAACAGCUACCAGUCCAUCACCGACCCCUACCUGUCCAGCUACUACGCUCCCUCCAUUGGAUUUCCGUAUCCCCUCAGUGAGGCUCCCUGGUCCACAGGCGGGGACCCCCCUAUUCCGUACCUCACCCCCUACGGAGCCUUGAGUAACGGAGACCAUCACUUCAUGCCGGACACGGUGUUCGGGCAGCCGGGGGGCCUGGGGAGCAGCAUCUACCCCCACCGGUUUAACUUUUUCCCCGAAAACCCUGCCUUCUCUGCUUGGGGAGCGAGUGGCUCCCAGGGCCAGCAGACUCAGAGUUCAGCCUACGGCGGCAGCUACAGCUACCCCCCCAGCUCCCUGGGGGGCACCCUGUUGCCCGAUGGUCAGACGGGCUUUCACAGUGACACCCUCAACAAAGCCCCCGGCAUGAACAGCCUGGAGCAGGGUAUGGUCGGCUUGAAGAUCGGAGGGGACGUCACCGGCCAGGGCUCGGGAGUCAAGGCCGUGGGGUCCGUGAUCGGAGGGCCGGUGGUGGCGACCACGGGGAACGGGGCCACGCCUAUCGGGAUGCUGCCGCCCAAACCCACCUCCUGGGCGGCCAUUGCCAGCAAGCCCGCCAAGCCACAGCAGCUGAAAGCCAAGGUUAAGCCAGGGAUGUCCAACCUGGGGGGGGCUCUUCCCCCGCCUCCCAUCAAACACAACAUGAACAUCGGGACCUGGGACAAGGGCCCCGUGACUAAAGUAGCCACAGCUCCACUGCAGCAGCAGCAGCCUCACGGUCUGCCUCCUCACGCCAUGCCUCUUCAAGGCCACAUGCAGCAAGGACCCAUGCACCCCCCACCGCCCCAGUCUUUGGUGCAGCCCCAGAUGCAGCCUAUGGCCUUACAGACCCACCAUCACCAACACCAGCACCAGCACCAUCAGCACCAUCAGCCACCGCCUCAGCCCUACCAAAACCACACCCAGCCCCCGCAGCCCCAAACCCGCUGGGUGGCCCCCCGCAACCGUAACCAAGGCUACGGGCAGGGCGGCCCCGGCCACGACGGAGGCGUGAUGGGGAUGGUCGGUGGCGGGAACUGCGGCCCUCAGACGUGUGCUAGCCAGGGACCCGGUGCAGAGUCCCACCCGGUGCUGGAUAAGCUGCGAGCCUCCCACAGCUACAACCCCAAGGACUUUGAAUGGAACCUGAAGAACGGACGUGUUUUCAUCAUUAAGAGCUACUCCGAGGACGAUAUCCACCGCUCCAUCAAGUACUCCAUCUGGUGCAGCACGGAGCACGGCAACAAGCGGCUGGACUCGGCCUUCCGGGCCAUGAACGCCAAAGGCCCCGUGUACCUGCUAUUCAGCGUCAACGGCAGCGGCCAUUUCUGCGGCGUGGCGGAGAUGCGCUCGCCGGUGGACUACGGCACCAGUGCCGGUGUUUGGGCGCAGGACAAGUGGAAGGGCAAGUUCGACGUGGACUGGUUGUUCGUUAAGGACGUGCCCAACAGCCAGCUGCGCCACAUCCGCCUGGAGAACAACGACAACAAGCCGGUGACCAACUCCCGCGACACCCAGGAGGUUCCUCUGGAGAAGGCCAAGCAGGUGCUCAAGAUCAUCGCCACCUACAAACACACCACCUCCAUCUUUGAUGACUUCUCCCAUUAUGAGAAGAGGCAGGAGGAGGAGGAGGAGGAGACUUUUGAAUCUUCUCCGAUACCGAACCGCUCUCGGUUGGAUCAGGAGCGCCAAAACAGGAAUAAACAAUAGAAGACAUUUAUCCUUGGCUUGAUCAACAGUUACAGACUAGGACUUUUGAUUUAAGAGACAGAAGAAUAUGAAAAUGCAAAGUCCUUCAUUUUUUUUUUCUUAUUUAAUCCUGGUGAAUCUCUGCCAUUGUCGAGACUUGUGCUUUUUAAUUAUUUUUUUUGCCCCCAUGUACCGCCCACCUCUUGUGCAGGGAUAACAAGCUGAUUAAUGUACCACCACCACGCUCUCUAGUCUCCUCUUCCCACUCCAUCCUCUUCUCUCACCACACUGGUUCUCUCUCCUGCCCCACAUCUCCCACCUCUUUCCAAUUGAAUCAGGGUCUGACUGCACCUCGGAGGAAAAAAACGAAAUCUGCCACUUUAUAUUUCAGUACAAUCAGGAUCGGACGUGUCCUGCCGCUCUUUGUCCAUUUGGGGGCAACAUUGCCAUGCUUCAGAGGUUCUAACUGUGCCAACAGGGUUGGAGGAUCCCAAAGGCAACGUUCGGACUUGGAGCCGCCACGAUAAUAAAACUUCAAUGUUUUAUCUAUUUUUCAUUCAGAUCGACAAAAAUCUCUAUUUUUUGGCUGACUACUGACAAUUUUCAUUUCAGAAAAACCUGUUUUCUGGAGCCUUAAUGUUUUCUUUUUGUUUGUUUUUUUGUUUUCUAAUUAUUGGUGACUUCUCAAACGAACUGCUCAAACAGUGACACUGCUGGAGAAAUCAGGGAUAAGUGUGAAGUCACACGGGACUCGAGACAUUUCCGAGGAUGAAUUGCAAAGGCCUCUGGGAAAAAAAAAAAGAAAUAAUGGAUGUGUCCUCCACGACCAGAACUCUCACCGUUUAAAGUCAAAAAAUUGUACUCUUGCCAUCCGUCACGCCCCUCUGCUUCGCUCCGUCUUUAAGGGUCUUUUGUAUGUUUCAGAUUCUGCUUCGUGUUCAAACCCAGUCUGAGAGAAUAGUUGCAUCCACCAUUUUAAGUUGUUUUAUAAUCACAAUUAUGUAAUGAUGUAACUGCCACAUUGAAUGAAUUGUUGCUUCUUCUUUUUUUAUUUUUUGUUCCACAACAUGGGGGGGGGGGGUUCACAUAUUUUUCUCCAUUCACUAUCAUUCUGUCUUAAUCCUGUUUUUGGUUUUUCCCCUCAAAUUUGUUUUUUGCUAAUAAGUCUUUCAUGUUGGUCGUAAUGCUAAGCUUUAACGUAGGAGUCUAUAUAUUCAUGGAGAAAGCCUAAAAAAAAAUGUAUAACCUAAAAAUUAAUGUAACUGAUUUACUAUCGAGUAAGAAGAAAACAAAUAAGAAUGAAAUGUGGCUUCUGUGUGUUUUUUGAUUGUUGUUGCCUAAAGAAGAAACGUUAGUUUUAGACUGAAACCGUCGAUACAGUGAAGUACUUCCAGGAACAAAUAGAUUUGAUUCCCCGUUCUGGUGUCGGUCGCUUCAGAGCGCUUAAAACUAGAUUACAGUUUAUUUGUCAGUGAGCGUUGGAGACCAGCAGGUUAAUUUUCUCCGAGUGAGUGAGUGAGUGAGUGAGAGACAGACAGACAGACAACCUAAACACCCCCCCCCCCCACCCCCAUUAUUGCAUUGAGACGUCAGACGUUCUGCUCUCGUGUCGAUAGCUAUGAUCAGCAACACGGUGAACGUCUUUUCCCUUCUCCGUCGCUCUCUCCCGGUUACCGUGUAGGGUCAGGGUCGGGCUCGGGUGGCUUGUGAUCAAAGGGCUCCACGUGCACGAUGAGUGUCGGUGUUUAGUUGCAAUAGAGGGACGUCAGGUUAUAGAUACGGAAGUCUUAUGUAUCAACACGACAACACGUUUAAUGAUCAAUGACAUGCAAUAUUAAAAUAGACUUAUCUUCUAUAGGCCACAGUUUGUAGUGAGGCGGUAACUUUGUUCAGAUGAUCCAUCAGAGAAGAAAUCGAGCCUUAAAUAAAACUCUGUUCAGAAACUGUUGUGUUGAUCUCAUGACCACCUGUAUUGACCUCACACACACACACAGGAAGCUCUGCAGGGCUCACGUGUCUGAAAAGUUUUCUCAGCUGGAUUAGUUUCUUUUCUGUUUUCUAUUUGUUUUAUUUGUCAUAGUGUUGCUACAGCUGACUUUACUAUAUCUGCACUGUUAUCAAAGCAGAGCUCUGUUUCCACAGCAGCAGAUAUGAUGGAGCACUAAUGAAGGUUUACGGUGUUUAAAAUGUAUUGUAACGGAUAUAAAAAGGCUUAUCCUUCA